GUGCGCGGAGUUUGCGUCAUGUUUUUGUAGGAAACGUCAAGAAAGGUGGGGACACGAAGGCGUAGCUUACGCUUGUCAGUCCACUGCCACUGCUUUAGUAAGAUGGCUACGAUGUUGUCGCGGACCAUCUCACUCGCUGAGAAUCUUGCCCGAUUCAAUGGGCCCAAGAUAUUGGGAUGCAAGACCAACUUGGUAAAACAGCCAGUGAGGAACUUAAACGUGCACGAACAUAUCAGUUACAGUUUACUAAAUGAAGCUGGAGUGCCAACUCCGAAAUUUGGAGUCGCUAAAACUCCAGAUGAAGCUGCAAAACUUGCAGCCGACUUGAAGAGCAAAGAUAUUGUUUUAAAGGCACAAGUUUUAGCAGGUGGCAGAGGGAAAGGUCAUUUUAAAGGCACCAAUGUCAGUGGAGUAAAGAUGUGCGAAACGCCAGAAGAAGCAAAGAAGUUAGCCAGUCAAAUGUUAGGAAAGUUAUUAAUUACAAAACAAACAGGAGAAGCAGGUAGGAUAUGUAACGCAGUGAUGGUAACACAGCGCAUGUUUCCCCGCAAAGAGUAUUACCUUGCAGUCAUGAUGGAAAGAGCCUUUGGAGGUCCAGUUAUAAUAGCUUCGAGUCAAGGUGGUGUAAACAUAGAAGAAGUCGCUGCAACAAAUCCUAGUGCUAUCAUGUACGAGCCCAUCGACAUUCUAAAGGGAAUUACAAAAGAACAGGCAGAACGUAUUGCUGUUAAGCUAGGUCUACAAAAUGUUAAAGAUUAUAUUUCCAAUAUCAUUGUAAAUCUGUAUCAGAUGUUUGUCAAGAAAGAUGCUCUCCUGCUGGAAGUAAACCCUCUUGCAGAAGAUAUUAAUGGAAACUACUUUGCAUUGGACUGCAAGUGUAGAUUCGACGACAACGCCGAGUUCAGACAAAAGGAAUUAUUUGCCUUGAGGGAUUGGACUCAAGAAGAUCCUAAAGAAGUCGAAGCAGCAAAGUUCGAUCUGAAUUACAUUGCACUUGACGGCAAUAUUGGUUGUAUGGUCAAUGGAGCUGGUUUAGCUAUGGCUACUAUGGACAUUAUAAAAUUACACGGAGGAGAACCUGCGAACUUCUUGGAUGUCGGUGGUGGUGCGUCCACUUCAGCUGUAAAGGAAGCAUUUAAAAUCAUUACAUCGGAUCCACGUGUUCAUGCUCUUUUGGUUAACAUCUUUGGUGGCAUCAUGAGGUGUGAUGUAAUCGCAGAAGGAAUUAUAGCUGCAACUAAAGAACUUAGCUUAAAAAUUCCUGUUGUUGUUCGAUUGCAGGGUACAAACGUAGACGAAGCGAAAGCCCUGAUCGCAAACGCAGGUUUGAAAAUCGUACCGAUCGAUGAUCUCGACGAAGCUGCUCGAGUUGCGGUGAAACUGUCUACGAUUGUCAAGUUGGCGCAAUCGGAGAAUCUUAGUGUGAACUUUGAGAUACCUUCGAUUUCAUAGAUUUAGCAAGAAUUGUAACUACCAGAAGAAAGAAAGUUAAAAGAAAGAAAGAAAAGUCAAAAAUAUAUUCGCGCCCUGUUAAACGGUUGGAAGAACAUUUGAAAGUAAUAACUACGUAACAACUUCGAAUGUUAUUUCUGCGCUUAUCUCUUUAGAAUCACAUCUCAGUGUUUCAAACGCUGCCGCGUCACGUGGAAUAGCAAAAUGUUCAUCGAAAGUGUUCUAAAUAAGACUUGUACUUUUCCGAGAGAACACGGUGUUUCUUCAUACUCCUGUAAAUGUUGAAUGCUAGAAAAAUUACCCAAACUAUUCAUUGGAACUUUUUUAGUGUUGCUUAUUUUCCAUUGUAAGCACAAACUCAUUACUGGGAAGUGUGCAGGCUUCUCUGAAAACAUUGUUUAUUGCUUGCCCGUCAAUGGGUCUCUGUGAUUCAGUAUUAAAACUAAGUUAUAUGAUAUAUAUUUAUCGACAUAGCUAUAUUUUUUGCACGAAAGUCUAUGCAACAUUCUUUCGAAGCUUCUAUUUGGACCGACAAGGUGUAACUGUUACUAACCGAAAAAAAAAAAGAA